GGGCACGGCACGGCACGGCUCAGGCAUACACAUGGCACAUCGGGUUUGGCACAGUUGGGUCUGGCACAAUGUGGCACUGCUUAGCCCUCCUUGGCACGGUUCGGCCGCGCAUGGCACAGUUUGGCGCAGCUCAGCGCGGCGUGGCACAGCUCAGCGCAGUUUGGCACAGCUCACAGGCAAGCUUGGCGCGCUGGGGCUUGGCACGGCUCAGCGCAGUUGGGCUUGGCACGGCUCAGCUCGCAGCCUGUGCUAGACACCGAGGGGCGCACCCCGCCGCGUCCCACCCAGUGUCACCCGUUACCACGCCUGGGAGGGGUCGGGUGACGCAACGCCGUCUGGCCCGCGCCCUGUCCCCCGGGACGUCACCCCACGUCCCCCCCGGCGGCUCUGACUCAUCGCCUCUUUGCCAAAACGGCCGCGCCAGGAGCUCCGAGCUGUCCCCACACCACCAGGAUUUGGGAUAUCCCCACUCUCCCACCCGCCCAGAUGUCCCCACUGUCACUGUGCCACUACUGGAGGACCCCACCCCAGAUUUCUAGCUGCCCUCUCUGUCCCACCACGUGGAGCCCGCUUUGGGCAAGGAGAUGUCCUGCCAGGGUGGCAUGAGUGUCACUGGGCUUGAGGACGGUGACCCCCCUAAGGCUGUGCCUCAAGUGACCCCGCAGGUAGCACAGCUGAGCCUGGUGACAGCUCAGGUACCACCUGGCUUUGCUUUGUUCCACUGGGCUUUGGGUCCCUAUAUCCACGUGUGCCACCAUCCCUGGGCUCAGGGACACCUCCCCACCUCCCAGCAGGGGAAACUGAGGCACCUGGCCCCGAUGAGCCCCCCAGGCUGGGCAGGACCGUGGUGAGCUCACCCCAAUGUUCUCCUCAAGCCUGACCCUUUGGUGGGCUGCUGGGAGCUGGCAUCAGGCAGGGAGCACUUGGAUGUGGGUCUGAGGGGGCUCCUGCCCCUUUAAGCCCUAAUUAGGACCAUGCCUUUAAAAAGUCCCAUGGGCCCCAGCCCUCUCACCCUGCUGGACCAGGCCGGUGAGGAGCAGGUGGGCUGAGCAAGCUGGUCCUCCCACCACCCCACUGCACCCCUUCCCUACCCCGGCACUUUUAAGCCCCCCUCCCAUAGCCAGGCUCCUGUCCAGCUGGCUUUGCCCCCCCACUUUGGGGGACUGGGUUUUAGCCCUGAUCUUGCACUCCUUUUGCAGAGCCCCCCCCUCACCCCUUUUCUCUUUGUGCUGAGCUGAAGUCUCUGGCAUGGGUGCUGUAGCGUGACAGCACCCCGGGACCUCCUUCUACUUUGCCUCUGGGGGGAACACAUGAAGCAUGACCGCAGCGCUCCCCUAAUCCUGCUGUCACCUCACCCCCUGUCACCCACCAUGGCUUUGCUCCGGCCCUUCACCGCCCUCCUCCUCCUCACCGUGCUGCUCUCCUGGACUGUGAGCCAGACCCCUCCCUUGCCCCUCUUGCAAGCACUGCGGGCACAAGCACCGGGGAGCGGGGGCUGGCGGGGGGGGCCAGCCAGCGGGCAGCCCCUGCGCUACAUGCUGGAGCUGUACCGGCGUGCUGCUGACCAUGAGGGACGGCCCCGGCGUGGGCGCAGCCUGAGCACCAACACCGUGCGCCUGGUGCAGGCGGCUUCCCAUGGGGAACAGCCCUGGGCAGGUCGCUGGUACGUGCAGCCCCUCACCUACCGCCUGGGCACCCAGCCUGAAGCCGAGCACCUUCUCCGUGUCACCGUGGCCUACCCGCAGAGCCUGCCGCUGCCCCGCGGCCGCCUCCUGUGUGCCGUGGAGCUGCUGCCCACCGCCGAAGCCCCGGCGGUACUGCUCAGCCCCACCGCCCCAUCCCGCCACGGCUGGGCUGAAGCAGACGUCACCCCCUAUUUGUCCCCAGCGAACGGCAGCGCGGGAGGGACGCUGGCCCUGCGGCAAAUCUGCGUGCGAGCCGGCCGAGCCGCCACGGCCGCCCCGCCGUCCCCUGCAGACCCCUUCCUCCUCCUCUUCCUCAACGACACCCGCAGCGGGACGCUACCGGAGCCUCGGCGGAGCCGGCGCGAGGCAGGGACGCUGCUCCACGACCUGCCCGCCUACCUGCGGGAUGCAGGAGGGGACAAAAGCGACUGCUCCCUACGCUCCUUCCCCGUCAGCUUCGCCCAGUUGGGUUGGGACCACUGGAUCAUCGCUCCCCACCGCUACAACCCGCGCUACUGUAAGGGAGUGUGCCCGCGGCUCCUCCGCGACGGCUACCACGCGCCCAACCACGCCGUGGUGCAGAACUUGGUCCACCAGCUGGUGGAUGCCAGCGUCCCCCGGCCCUCCUGCGUCCCCUACCGCUACAGCCCCAUCAGCGUCCUGAUGAUCCAGCACGACGGCAGCAUCCUCUACAAGGAGUACGAGAACAUGAUUGCAGAGUCCUGCACCUGCCGGUAACCGGUGCCCGGAGCUGGAUUUUUGGAUAGAUUUUUGAUGUUUGGUGGUUUGGUUGGUUGUUGUUGUUGUUUUGUUUUUGUUUUUCCGGUGGGGAGGGGUUUGUUUCCACUCCGGUGCGAUGCUCUGAGGGAAAGUUUUACAGUUUUAUGGAAAACUUAUUAAAAAAUAUGUAGGAUUUUAAAGGUGGGAGCCUGCCCCGUAGCAUCCCUCUGUCCCGCACUGCUGUCUGUUUUGGAGGCUGGAGCACGAAGCUGGUGGAGAGGGGUGACUCCAUGCUGUCACCCGCACCCAUAGGACUCAGUCCCACGCACCCCGAGCCAUCUCAUCCCUGGGUAUUUUGGGGGCUCCCCCCCUUGCAGCCUUUUCUUAGGAUGGCUAUGGAAACUGGUGGGAUGUGGAGAUGGCAAUGUCACCCCGUUGCCUUUUCCUCUGCUGUCCCAUGCGGGCUGGGCUCUGCUCUGGACCUGUCCUUGUCCCCAGAGGUGCCCCCCAGGCCCACAGCCUGGCUUUCCUCUAUUUAUUGCUGACUGUGUUAAUAAAUAAACUACUGGAUUUUGCUAAAGUCCACCUUGGUGGCUCCUUUGUUCUGUUGCUGGUCAAGGGGGGUGCGCCAAGCCCUGGCCACCUCCCUUUUGUGUCCCCCAUCCUUCUCCUUCUGCUGUGACAUAAGGAGCCCCGGGUUCCCCUCCUGUCCC